CAGAUGCCCUCCCCUAUCAAUGAAAACAAUUCACUGGUUGGUCAGUCAAAAUCCUUACUGGCCAAUCAGAAAAAGUCCCGCAAUGAAGUUAAAAAGUGUAGAAAAGUUUAUGGCCUAGAGAACAGAGCUGCUUGGUGCACUCAGUGCAAGUGGAAAAAGGCGUGCACCCGUUUUCAUGAGAAAUCAUUCGACUACAGUUAA